AUGCAACAAUUUGGUGAGGCAAAACCAGGCGCUCCUAAGGCCGAAGGGCAAAACUACGAAGUGUUGUUAAUAUUUUCUUUUGUUGUUAUUUUUUGCGUUUGUCUUACUCAGAAAGACGAGUCACAUCGGAAGCCAUUAGAAAGUCCAGUGAGAAGCACAACCCCCGUAGCGCUCCCUGAUGAAUACUCCGACUCCGAUAGCCAAAGCGAAGAAAGGAAUGGUACUCGUGCAGGAGAUGAGAAUGCCAUACCUGAUGUUGAAACCAAGCCAGACCGUCGGAAGAAACACCCAAAAGCUGAGUCAGGCCAGAAGGGCGAAAAAGAAACCAAGCCUGAGAAGAAAAAGGAGAAGGUUAAUGACGAGCUAAGCAAACUUCUCGACUUCAAAAAGUUCGACAUCUCUGAGUUGGAUUGCAUCUUCACUGAUUUUAAAACAACGUUGGACCCAUUCGUCCAAAAUCGCGAGGAAAUGGCCACAGCGGAGGAGUCCUUUAAGAAAGCUGUUAUGACGCUGGGACAAAUCAGUCCGCAUGCGCAGUUCAGCGACUACGUGCACGCCCUGAAGACGCGACUCAGAUCAGACGGAAUUGCAGUCAAGGUAAAAGAGGGAGCUUUGGCCAUUUACACAGAGGGAAAAAAGACAGUACAAGGAAUUUCUGACGCAGUAGCUGCUGUAAAUGCCAUACUCAAAGUAUCGAAGGAUUUAAAGGCCAUGCCGAUGACUAUCGCUAGCGGAAGUGAAGAUGCAGUUGAAAGAGCUGAAGGAAUGGAUGUGCAAGGAAUCUUGAAGCGAGAGUUUAAGAGCGUGUGGGAUCUCGGAAAGAUCCCGAAGCUAAAAAAAGCCUUCAGUAACAACGUGCAGCAAGUGAAGAGAGCUCCUGACAUGGUGCGGGAUUUUUACAGCCAAACCAAGGGGAUCGUUCUUGAAAUUUAUCAUGCUUUUGCCGAUGAGGAAGAACAGAAGAAAAUUGAAGAGGAGCUGAAUGAGAGCGACGACACUUCAAAAGAAAAAGGUGAAAGCAGAGGCAAAGAGGCGGAAGGAGCAAAUGGAGGAAGCAGAUCAAAAAAGAAGAAUGAUAAGAAAGAUGGUGGAAAAGCUGAGAAAAACAAGUCCAACAAGGAAAAGGAAAAAGAGGAAUUUCACAAGAAGUUGAAGUUUGAUUCAGUGGGUCUUGAUGACAUUGAUGCUGUCUUCACUUCCCUCGCAACUGCCAUCAAUCCGUUCGUGGAAACCCGUGAACGCUUACAAGCCGCCAAAGAAUCCUUCGAGAACAUUGUUAAGACAAUCCUUAACUUUAACGCCAAAAAGGAACUUAAAGAGUACAUCAAAGAGUUAAAAAAAGACGCCAAGGAAGGAAACAUAACAAUCUAUAUUGAUGAAAGCGAUGGCGAGAUUAAAGUAAAAUCAAUUGAAGGUGUAAAACCGCCCAAGCCUUACCGUGACGCAGUUCAAGCCUUGAAGAACAUCAGAGAAGCCGGGAGUGAAGCAGUGGAACUUGAGCCGGAAGUGCAGAAUGGGAUAGGAGAGUUCCUGGACAGAGUCACUCAAAUCAAUCCACAGCGUGACUUCCACGGCCUGCUCAAGAAGAAGUCUGAUCUAUUCGCUCUUCCAGGGAAGAUAAAAAAAUUUAACGAGAAUCGUAAAAAGGCACAAGAAGUUCCGGGUAUUGUGAAAGAGUUCUGCCUGUAUGUGGAGCGCCUUCUAAGCGACAUCCUAGAAGCUUUGACUGGUGAAGAGGACUCAGCGGCAAAGAAAGGAGAGGGCAGUGGUGAAGAGGUAGAUGAAAAGCAACCAGGCAAAGGUGGAUCCGCAAAAGAAAAUGAACAGUAGUGAAGGCAAGAAUAACCCAGCAAAGAAAGCAAACGAAAUACGAAACGAGGUGAAAGACGCAAUCAGUUAGACAAUGAUUUAGCGCAAAUAAGACAGAAAUAAGCUAAAAAAAUAUGAGACAGAUGAACAGAGAAUCAAAUGUUAUCAUGAAGGUAACGACUACUUAGUAUCGUGGAGAGAAUGUGGCUGAAAUAGGUUGUUAUCAAGAGAAAAUAAGGUGUUCUAUUCCAAAAAAAAAUUUGAAUUGAUUGUUUAUCGUUUCAUGUUGGAAACAUAACAUUAGUCGAUUUUGAUUUGGAUUGCUCAUUUUUGUUUCUUCGAUGUAUCCUGAAAUUGUAAUUUCCCCCACUCUCUCCACCCCGUUUUUAUUAAGUUUCUUUCUUCAUUUACUUUUCGUGGUUCAAAGCUAGAUUCAUUACCAGAAAUUUUUAGUUGACUUGAGCGUUAAAAUGUGUGUACUAUGAUUUUCUACUUUGGGCAUUAUCCUAUAUCCCGAUGACAUUUCAGCAAUAAAAUAUAAAAUGAGCGUGUUUUGUUUUUGCUUGUCAACAACCUGUUACACUUUUGGCACGCGAUUAGACCAAAAACUGUCACGUGACUGAAUAUAUUAAAGCGUAUACGCUCGUAUCCAAA